CCCCCCUCUCUCUCUGUGCUGUAUAAGUACAGAUCGGUGAUGGAGACCCCCAUCACACCAGCAGUUCACUUUUACGCAGUGGAGACGAGCGCUCGGAUAGCGAAAUCCAACCCGGCCAUGAAACUGAUAGUGCUCUUCACAGCUUCUCUUUCCUGGGCCUUCCAGCAGCCGGCUGUACUUCCAAAGUACCAGUACCGCGACCCUGUGACAUCUGAACUCCUAGUUUGUGACCAGUGCACUCCUGGCACAGCCGUGAAACGACACUGCACUGCUGACACACCCACAGAGUGCCAGGCCUGUCCAGAGAAGCAUUUUGCUGAGAACUGGCACUGGGGGGAUACAUGCCAGUACUGCACCUCGGUGUGUAAGGAAAGGCAGCUCGUCAAGCAGCAAUGCAACAGCACUCAUGACCAGCUGUGUGAGUGUGCUCCAGGUUUCCACCUAGUGGUGGAGUUCUGCAUCACACACAGUACCUGCCCCCCUGGCCAUGGAGUGGCAGCUGCAGGUACACCAGUGAGUGACACCGUGUGUAAACGUUGUCCUGCUGGUCAUUUCUCCACCAGCGACUCCUCCACUGAGCAGUGUCAGCCCCACAGAAACUGCUCAGAUUUGGGCUUGAAGACACUGAGAUGGGGCACAUCAACUUCAGACAGCCUCUGUGACACUCAGGAGUGCUCUCAGCAUCACACUUCGUGCCACACUGAUGUGACCCUGUGUGAGGAAGCAGUCUACCAGUCACUGUCCUCACUGCGACUGUCCUCGGUGCCCCUGGAGCGGCUGUUGGAGAGCCUUCCCGGCCGGAGGGUGGAUCGUAAGAGCGUGGAGCGACUGAAGAAGGCCUGCUCUCCCCAGCAGCAGGUCCUCCAGCUGCUACGACUGUGGAGGGAGCAGAACAAAGACCAGGACAAGCUGUACGGCAUUAUACAAGGUGUGAACCACUGUGAAAGGAAAGUCUCCCGCUGCAACAGCCUAAAAAACCUGACUCUAGAUGACCUUCUGACGAUCACCAACAGCCUGCCAGGGGUUAAAGUUCAGCAGGAGGAUGUCCGAGCCGUGGUCUCUACCUGCCUGCCCAGGCAGUACAUCCUGCAGCUUCUUCACCUCUGGAAGUCAUCAAACUAUGAACUGGAUCUAGCCAAAGGUCUGUCUCACAGUUUGAAGGUGAUGCGCAGCCAGGGGGCACCACGCUAUCUGCUGAAAGGCCUAAAGAAGAUCAGCCGCAUCAUAGGAACCACCUCAGCACACAAGAUGUAUGAGAAGAUGUUUGUUAGUAUGCUUCAGGAUGAGUGUUUUAAGGCUUAUAAGCCAUUAAAUGAAUAGGGAAAUUGGGAGGUAGAAACAGGAAUAUAUGCCAUCUAAAGGAUACACAGACACUAAUGCAUUGUGAGAUAGGGAGCACAUAUAAAAAGACACAUACUUAUUGAACAGGGGGAUAAAUGUAUGUGAAACAGACAUGGGUCAGGUGAUAAUGUCACGUCUUUAAGAUAUCACUAAAUGAUGUCAAGCUAUGCAUUGUACCUAGAGGUAUUUUGUCUAACUGUAACGUAAAGGCAAGAUAGGAAGGUAAAUUGUUCUUUACCUCCUGGAUUUUUCUAUCAAAACCCUAUACCAAAAUAAGGACAUUUUGAUUAUAUGAGUUAACAAGGGAUGCUAAUAAAUUCCCCAGUUUACAGUAUCUGUCUGCAGUGAGGAAUCCUUAAAAGAAAAAAUAAUAAAACAAUCACACAUCUGUGUACUCCAGGUAAACGGAAACAAAAAAUAUAAAACAUGUUUCCUGGGAACGUUUUGACCAGAGUCUGUGAAAAAUGAAAAACUAUUUAAGAUGUAAAUAGCACACUAUUUUAUGGAAGAUAGGCUGGCAGAUGUUGUGUUUUUAUUAUUAUUGCUUUCUCGGUGAUUGAGAGGAAGGAUUAGGUUUCAUAAUGAAAUACAUGUAUUUUCUACAGUUUUCCUUUGUUUGUUGUUUUUUUUCUGGACUGCUGGCAAGUAAAGCUCAUCUAAUUUUUUUUAAAUUGUCAGCUUUAUGAAUGUACAAAGGAGUGCAAUGUGUUUUCUAUUUAAAAAAAAAUUUUACUUUCUGAAUAUGUAAAGGCUUGUUUUUAUUACUUUAUCAGAAAUACUGGAUUCCAAAUGCUGCAAGUUCAUGAAGUGAUAUUUGUUUUAUAUUUUGUUUUAUCACUUUUACAUUAUGAAAUGUAUGGUCUUUAUUGUAUAUAUGCCUGACUGGUCCUCUAAGCUUGUGUAACUUUGUGAACACUAAUGUC